AUGAAUUUUAUCAAUAGAGAACUCGAAGAGAAAAUAGGUUGGGACUUGAACGGGGAUGGACGAAUCGGUGGUCCUGGUAUCACUUCUCAAAUUGAGCAAUCGAGUCAUUUCGAUUUAAAUCAUGACGGAAUCAUAGGAGGAUAUCGACCUCCACCCGGUGGAGGUCUUAUUGGUAAUAUCGAACAGGCAACACACUUUGAUAUGAACGGAGAUGGACGUAUUGGGGGUGGCGCCGGUUAUCGUCCUCCUGGUCAAUAA